CUAAGGACAUUUCAUGCUCCUAAAGAAACCCUAAUAGAAAACAAGAUAAACACUAGCCAAAAGAAUAACAAAAGAGAAAAAAUGAAGCCAUCGUUUGUUCUCCUAUCUAUUGCCUUAUUAUUACUAUCAUCAUCACUAGCGGAUGCAUCCGACUCUGGAUCGCCGUCACAGUCACCGUUGAUGUCUCCAACACCAGAACCAUCAAACUCCAUCGACUGUUCCAGCGUCAUAUACAGCAUGGUGGAUUGUCUCUCAUUCUUAACCGUUGGAUCAACUGAUCCAAGCCCUACCCAAACGUGUUGUGGUGGGAUCAAAACGGUUCUUGAAUAUAGUCCUAAGUGUCUUUGCUCUGCGUUAGAGAGUAGUCGUGACAUGGGAUUCGUACUAGAUGAUAACAAAGCUCUUGCCCUGCCAAAAAUUUGCAACGUCCCCAUUGAUCCUCAUUGUGAUGUAUCUACUCUCUCUGCAUCAACACCAAUUUCUUCGCCGGUAGAGCCGCCUACGACUUCACCACCGUCUUCCACAAAGUCGCCGGCCAUAAUCCGUUCACCACCGCCUGUUAGCCACUCAUCACCGCCUGUUGGCCACUCAUCACCGCCGGUUAGCCACUCAUCACCGGCACGGGAAGUCUCAUCAUCGACAAUGACCGCUUCAUCGCCUGCAGCAACUUCACCAUCACCUUCACCAUCAGUAUCUAGUACCGGGAUCUUAUCAGUAUCCAAACUAGUCCUAGCUGUUGUUAUUGUUUCUUCUUUUGUCACUCAAUCUCCUAAAGAGAAUUCUCCAAAGAGUUCACCGUCCAAACCUCCGUUUUCACCGCGCUCCAAAGGUGGUGUACUCCCAAGUAACAAGUGGGUCCGAGAUGAGGACACAAAGCAACUCCACAUAUACAGCAUGGUGGAUUGUCUCUCAUUCUUAACCGUUGGAUCAACUGAUCCAAGCCCUACCCAAACGUGUUGUGGUGGGAUCAAAACGGUUCUUGAGUAUAGUCCUAAGUGUCUUUGCUCUGCGUUAGAGAGUAGUCGUGACAUGGGAUUCGUACUAGAUGAUAACAAAGCUCUUGCCCUGCCAAAAAUUUGCAACGUCCCCAUUGAUCCUCAUUGUGAUGUAUCUACUCUCUCUGCAUCAACACCAAUUUCUUCGCCGGUAGAGCCGCCUACGACUUCACCACCGUCUUCCACAAAGUCGCCGGCCAUAAUCCGUUCACCACCGCCUGUUAGCCACUCAUCACCGCCUGUUGGCCACUCAUCACCGCCGGUUAGCCACUCAUCACCGGCACGGGAAGUCUCAUCAUCGACAAUGACCGCUUCAUCGCCUGCAGCAACUUCACCANUUGCACCUCCUUGCAGAUAA